CCAAUCUUCCAGGCCUUGGCUCUUCCACCCUCGUCUUUACCCCUCAGCUGGCCCAAAUUCCUGCCUUGCCGUCGAACCCUUGUUUCAACUCCAGGCCACCGCUCUCUCCUGCCAUUGAAGUUUUCGAGGGCACAAUCAAGGCACAUCUCCGCCCAUAGGCCAUCCCGGCGCUCUCCUACUACCGUGAAAGCCGCCAGAUAUCUUGUCAGAAUGCCUGGCCUCGACAUGGAGCCCCUCCAGGCCGACGAUAUGAGAGUCCUGGGACAGGACCCUCUGAUCCCGCCAGCACUCCUGAUCUCCGAAAUCCCCAUGACUGAUUCUUCCCUCCAGACCGUAGUGAGGGGGAGGAGGGAAGCCGUCGCGAUCAUCAUGGGCAGAGAUGAUCGUCUCCUUGUCAUCAUCGGGCCUUGCUCCAUUCAUGACCCAGCCACCGCUGUUGAGUACGCGGCGCAGCUCAGGCAGCUUGCUGAAAAGCACUCUGAAGAUCUCUGCAUCAUCAUGCGCGCCUACCUGGAGAAGCCACGGACGACAGUCGGUUGGAAGGGGCUGAUCAAUGACCCAGACAUUGACUCUACUUUCAAGAUCAACAAAGGCUUGCGGGUAUCCAGACAGCUGUUCUCCGACUUGACGUCUACUGGGAUGCCAAUUGCGAGCGAAAUGCUCGAUACCAUCUCGCCACAGUUCCUCGCAGACUUCAUCUCCGUCGGUGCCAUCGGCGCGCGAACAACCGAGAGCCAGCUUCAUCGGGAGCUGGCUUCUGGCCUCAGCUUCCCCGUCGGCUUCAAGAACGGUACCGACGGGAGUCUCGGUGUUGCAAUUGAUGCCAUAGGAGCCGCUGCCGCCAAGCAUCACUUCAUGGGUGUCACAAAGCAGGGCCUCGCCGCUAUCACCCGCACCGCAGGAAACGAACACGGCUUCGUUAUCCUGAGAGGCGGUACCAAGGGUACCAACUACGACAAGGCCAACGUCCAGGCUGCGAAGGAGACUCUGAUCAAGAAGGGUCAGAAGAUGGCAAUCAUGGUCGACUGCUCUCAUGGCAACUCGAACAAGGAUCACAGGAACCAACCCAAGGUUGCCAAGGUCGUUGCCGACCAGCUCCGAGAAGGCGAGAAGGCUAUUAUCGGAGUUAUGGUCGAGUCAAACAUCAAUGAGGGAAAUCAAAAGGUGCCUGCCGAGGGGCCCUCGGGGUUGAAGAAGGGCGUCAGUAUAACUGAUGCCUGCAUUCACUGGGAAUCUACCGUCUCCGUCUUGGAUGAGCUCGCAGCCGCUAUCCGUGAGCGGAGGAAGGUCAACAUUGGUUCAUCAGCCGGGAACAGUCCCAAGACUACUCUCCUAGAGGAAGAGUAACCUAAUUUUUUGUGUCAAAUACGGAGUUCAUUUCAUGGCUGGCCACAAAAAGAAAAAAGGGGAAAUUGGGAAGAGGCCCUGGGGGGGCGGGUAGGGUCACCCGCGACGAAGUCAUGGGAGCAGAACCCUCCUUAUGACAUCGCCCUAGCCACCCAGUACAUUAUGCAAAAUCCGAGCUCUGGCACGGCGAAGCCCGGACGAAGCCGGGAAGGCGAUGUUAAGGUUCAGAGGAGAAACUGGUCUCUGGAACAA